UCAUCUCUCAGAGCAAACUUCUCUCCAUCUCUUGCUGCCCCUUCUUUGGGCCUCACCCUGCUCACCAUGGCUCUCUGGAUCCGAUCGCUGCCUCUCCUGGCCCUUCUUGCUCUUUCCAUCCCCGGGACCAGCCAUGCGGCUGCCAACCAGCACCUCUGCGGCUCCCACUUGGUGGAGGCUCUCUACCUGGUGUGCGGAGAACGGGGUUUCUUCUACUCCCCCAAAGCCCGACGGGACAUUGAGCAGCCUCUAGUGAGCGGUCCCUUGCACGGUGAGGUAGGAGAGCUGCCCUUCCAGCAGGAGGAGUUUGAGAAAGUGAAGCGAGGGAUCGUCGAGCAAUGCUGCCACAACACGUGCUCCCUCUACCAACUGGAAAACUACUGCAACUAG